AUGAUGUUUCGUGCUGUCACUGCUUUCCUGCUCGCUGCACUACCCACUGCGUCAACCACUCGGGCUUCCAAUCUGGACGUGUCACUCGCCACUGCUCAAUCGUUCCAGUGCGGAGAGACUUGUUACAACAACCUGCAAACCACCAAUGCUGCUGACCUUGCCGUCGUGGGCUCCGACUUCGACUGGGACUUCUAUGCAGUCGCCGACAACUUCUCAACUUCCAAGCCGGGAGACUUGCUCAAGCUGAAGCCCGUGAACCCCGACAUUCUCACUACCAUCUCUGGCGUGUCUGUCUACCGUAUCCAGUAUGUUUCCGAGGACCUCAACGGGACGUACGUUCCAGUCUCUGGCUACAUCGCGUUACCGUUCUCGCUGCCGGAGAGCGGCGAGUUCCCCUUGGUCGCCUUUGCUCACGGCACUAUCGGAGAGUUCCGAGGCUGUGCCAUCUCGAACGGACCGAACCUCUUCGACUAUAGUAGCUGGAGCCUACUGAGCGAGCGUGGCUAUGCCCUUGUGGGUACUGACUACGCUGGGCUCGGCACGUAUGGCACUGACCACAAAUACUGUGCGUUUCCAGCACAUGCCAAGGACCUCUACCAUUCCGUUACGGCAGCCCGCCACGCGUUCGGCUCGGUAUUGACGGCCAAUUGGAUGUCUGUUGGCCACUCGCAGGGCGGUGGUGCCGUGUGGAAGUUGGCCGAGGACAUCGAGAGCAUUGCCGGUACUCACUGUACGAACGAAGACCAGGCAUCUGACCAAGCGCAGCACCUGCAACAAUCCCAACUAGUGCAGUGCAUCGACGAAGCAAAGUACUACCUAGGCACCGUCGCACUCGCCCCGGCCACCAAAAUCUGGGACAUGGUUAAGCUGAUGGCGUCUCAACUUUUGUCCUCCAGCUCGAACAUCCAUGAGUCGUCCGGUGCAAGUCUGCUACCUGUGAUUGACCUCGCCAUCAAGCGAGUGUUCCCAGCCUACACGUCAUCCUUCCUGGGUGACGUGAUGAAGGCACGCAUGGGUCUUGCUGAAAAGGCGCAGCUAUGCGCCAGCGGAAUGCUUGGUCUCACUCUUGACCUGGACGUGAGGAAUCUGACAUCCAUGUCCACAACGGGACCGACGGCUGAGGAUUUGCAUAUUGCAGAACAGUUCCAGAACACAACGGCUCCAGCGAAUGGAGUCGCUGCCCACCGGCCCAUCUUGGUUGUGCAGGGUGUCAACGAUACAGCCAUCUUGGCGGAGACAACGGAGCAGGCAUACGAGAGCGCAUGCAGCGAUGGCAGCGAGGUGUACUUGACAUUUGACCCGAAGCAGGACCACUCCGGUGUGCUCACAGCGGCGGCGCCGGACUGGUUGAACUGGAUGGCAGACCGCUUCAGCGGCAAGCCUACGACAGGGAAGUGCGCGAAGCAGACAAAGCAGGCGUUUGACUACGAGUACGUCCGCGCGGCACCUGAGGUAGACCUGAAGACGAAAACCCUGAACUAGACUUGACAGAAAACUAGGAGAAUCGUGCAUCAGAUUCAUACUUGGUUUUAGUGUCUCGGGGAGGGUGGCCUGCCUUGCUACCCACAGCUACUAACAUCUACGCAAAUGGAAAUAGAAUUGGUGAAACAUAUAUUAUCGUCGCUGCUUUAUAAAUUAAUGGGAU